CUACUGGGGGCGUUGUCGGCAAAACGUAGCAGACACAUACACCGGGGGAGGAAAACGGGGUGUAAAGUGCUUCGUUGUUUACCAAAUUUGCAUCGACUAACUGACCUCGACCAAUCGCGGAGAGAUGCUUACAUUUCAGGAUGGCACCGACGAAUCAUCCAACAUCUCAGACGCGGCUUCAAAGAUGCGGUCGGACACGAUCGACCUGGCUGACCAGUCCCUGCUGGUGGACAUCUCUGAUGCUCUGAGCGAAAGGGACAAGGUGAAGUUCACCGUUCACACCAAGACGACUUUAUCGGAGUUCCAGAAGCCAGAAUUUUCUGUGGUCCGGCAACAUGAGGAAUUUAUCUGGCUGCACAAUUCUUUCGAAGAAAACGAAGUGUACGGUGGGUUCAUUAUUCCUCCAGCGCCUCCAAGGCCCGACUUUGACGCGUCGCGGGAGAAGCUUCAGAAACUUGGCGAGGGCGAAGGGACCAUGACUAAAGAAGAGUUUGCGAAGAUGAAAGCGGAACUGGAAGCCGAAUACCUGGCGACAUUUAAGAAGACUGUUGCCAUGCACGAACUGUUUCUCCAGCGGCUGGCGUUGCAUCCCAUUUUCCGCACCGACAGGAACUUUCACGUCUUCCUAGAGUACGACAAAGAGUUAAGCGUUAGAGGCAAGAACAAGAAAGAGAAACUGGCCGGCCUCCUGACUACUCUGGGGAAGUCGGCGGACGACCUCUUGCUGUCGUCUACGCAGAAGGAUGUGGAUGAGUUUUUCGAGCAUGAAAGGACAUUCCUCGUGGAGUACCACACUCACGUCAAGGACGCGACGAAUAAGUCGGACAAGAUGACGCGGAGCCACAAAAACCUUUCAGAUAGUUACAUCAAGAUUUCUUCCUGCUUGACGGAAAUGGCGACGGUAGAGUCUUCUGAAUUAGAAAAAUUUCUGCCGAAAGCCUCGGAUAUCUUCGAGAAAGCUAGGAAAGUGGAAAGCAGAGUAGCGACCGACGAGGACUUGAAGCUCUCGGACACAUUGAGGUACUACAUGCGAGACACUUCGGCAGCUAAGGAUCUGUUAUAUCGCCGUUUGCGUUGCCUGGCUAACUACGAGAAUGCCAACCGUGCCCUGGAAAGAGCCCGUAACAAAAACAAAGAAGUUCAGUCUGCUGAAUCGCUGCAGCAAGAAGCGUGCGAGAAAUUUGAGAACAUCUCGAAGCAGGCCAAGCAGGAACUAACGGAUUUCAAGGCUCGACGGGUAAACAACUUCCGCAAGAACCUGGUGGAGCUCGCGGAGCUGGAGUUGAAGCAUGCUAAGGCACAAGUUCAGUUGCUGAAGAAUAGCAUAGCUUCGUUGAAGAAUGAACCAGUAAGCCAGUGACAGUAGCGGAGCACUGCCUUGUUGUCGUCGUUGCCUGGUGCUGCGAGAAAAGACCUCCAAGACACAGCAUGCCGUGCGUGCCACAGGAGGACAUGUCACCUUUCGGAUGUAUUUAUUUUGCCUCCUGUCUGCGUCGAGUUUUUUGGUGGGACACUUUUCUAUAGUGAAGCAUUUUUGAAAUAAAAAGGGAUUAUAUACUA